UCUUUUUCUUUGUAUUUGAUUUUAAGUUCGUCUUUCGUGAUCCGUGACCAACUUUCUCCUACUUCCUAAUCAUUUUUUUAUACGGUUUUAUAUCGAAAUGGCGCGUUAUUUCAAAGAACAAGAUAUCGAUGAAUUCCGUGAAUGCUUCUACCUAUUUGCAAGAUCUGGGCAAAUUACGUCGUUGGACGAGUUAACUGUGGUGAUGCGGUCCCUCGGGAUGAGCCCUACCAUCCAGGAGCUAGCAGGUUACCUGAAGGGCAAGGGUGGAAAGAUGUCAUUCGCUGACUUCUUGGAGGUGAUGCACAUACACUCACGCGCGGAAAAUCUGCCUACUGAGGUUGUCAACGCAUUCAAGGCGGGUGACACGGAGAAACGUGGUGUAAUCCCGGCGCGGCAGCUGCGUAACCUACUGCAGAACUGGGGCGAGGGUCUCUCUGCGAGGGAGGUCGACAACAUCUUCCGCGAAGCCAACGUGUCCAACAACGGCACCGUACGGUACGAGGACUUCGUCAAGAUCUCCUGCGCGCCUGUGCCCGACUACUACUAACUGUUUCCGAUACAGUUUAUUGACCAUUAGUAAAACUUAUUGCGAGGAGAUAAGGUCGACAAUGGUCAAUAGUUAAUAUCCUGGUCACGGCACCAAUUGUAAUAACUAACCCCCUUAUUUGUUAUUUUCUAAAUAAUAUUUGUAACUAAUAUACGUAUUACAUAUGUGUUUAUAAAAGACAUAUUGUUUGCAAAUAUAUUUUUUAAUUGGUACUAGUUGUACUAAGAAAUCGGUCGACAGGGAAAUUCUGAAAUAUUUGACUGGUAAUUGUCUUAAUACUUUAAAUUAUAUCUUAAGAAACCUAACUUAUUUAUUACGUAAAUGGUUGCCAGGGCGCUCGGCCUCACAAUUCAAUGAUUUCAUGUUUUGUAGUCCGCGUUGGAGGGUUAUUCGGAACAUAAACUUGUACAUUAACACUUCACGCCAAAGUGCUGCCCUCUACAGAACACGUACGUUUUCUUGUGCCACGUAGGUUCUGCCAUCUUAUGGGCUACACUGGAAGUGUAAACUUGAGACUUGCACUUCGCGCUAAUAAACAGGGGGCUCCUGUGCUGCCCUCUACAGAAAAUGAUCGGCCUUCUAAACAAACUUAUUGAUCAUAUAAAGUUUUUGAUACGGUUUUCCCAAAUGAAUACUUUUCUUAGGUGUUUAUUUGUUUGUAUGGAAAGAAGGGAGAGUAGCGUCCUGGUAGCUCUUAAAAUGGUGACUGACAUUUUACAUUCCUUAACCGAUUCACUGCCUUUUAGUGGUAUCGCGUAUAAUACUAACUUUAACCCCUUUUCCAGGCAUAGUACGAUAUAUCGGCCACACACGCGCCAAGAAUUUCAACUUUAGCAUUCCGAUUUAAGGUUCAAAUAGAUUGCACUUUCGGGAAAUGUGACUUGCCUUCCAAUCAAUCAUUAAAGCUGGAUUAAUUGGAAUGUAUUUAGAUUUUUUGGGAAAACCUUGUAGAUUGGUGCGGCCUGGAAAAGGGGGUAACAUGCACUUAUGUGGCAAAAAUACGGCAAUAUCAUUAACCGUCCAAAUUAACUGUUUAAAUAUCAAUAAAAUGUUUAGAAAAA